UAUCACCACACCAAAAUCACCCGCGAUCGCAAUCAAGGCUUGGGAGCAGGUAUAGCUCAAACACACAUCCACCACGAGACGAACACCCGCAACAAACAUGAGGUCUUUCACGAUUGUGUCGGCUCUCUUGGGACUGCUAGUACCCGGCUCCGCGACGAUGGCAAAAACUGCCAAACAGCAGCAGAUCCAAAUCCCGGAGGGAGGGCACACCUUUAAGAUCAGCCACUUCGACGAUGGGCGUGCCACUCCGUACCGGGUGUACUUCUGGGACACGUUCCUCACUGGCUCGAGCUACAGGUUCACCCUGGACGGCGACGUUCGGUACUUCAAGGCGGGGAGAGAGCAGUACAAGGACCGUGAAGACAAGGAGGACGGUUCAAUCAAGUUCACGUCCACGCCUUCGGAACCAAGGAAGGACCUCAACAAAAGCGAGCCAAAGCCGACCGACUUCCCCACCUACCGCAGCUGUAGCGACUGCACCGCCACUUUGCAGGUCGUCUGUCGCUCAGGUCUACCAAAGUUCUGCAGCACGGUCGACCGUUCCUGCCUCGGCAGAGACGGGGCCCUCUCGGUAGGCAUCCUGUGCGGCAAAUAUGAGCGCGCGUGUGCCUCCGCGAAUUCUGUUUGCUCCGACGUUUGCGCCGAGGAAUCCAGUGAUGACUCCAGCGACGACUCCAGCGACGACUCCAGCGACGAUUCCAGCGAUGAUUCGAGCGAUGAUUCGAGCGAUGGAUCCGGCGAGGGUACUCCCACCUGCGCCAGCCACGGUGUCGUCGGCAUUGAGUCCUCGAACAAGAAAGUGUGUUGCGAUGUGCGAUGCGGAACCUGCGGGGGGGUCGGGUGCUCCAAGUUCGGCGAGGAGUACGGUCUCGGUGAAUCCUACUGCUGUACAAGCACCAUCACUGAUGACGGCGAGUCAUGCGCUGACACCGGGAUGGCCCCUUGCUACAUCGACAGCGACGACGACUCGAGCGACGACUCGAGCGACGACUCGAAGGACGAAUCGAUCGACGAAUCCGGCGAGGGUUCGACCACGUGCGCCAGCUACGGUGUAGUCGGCAUUGAGUCCUCGAACCAAAAGGCGUGUUGCGAUGUGCGAUGCGGAGCCUGCGGGGGGGUCGGGUGCUCCAAGUUCGGCGAGGCGUAUGGCCUCGGUGCUUACGAAUGUUGUUCCAACGACAUCGUUAAACAGGGCGAGUCCUGCGCUGCCACCGGGAUGGCCCCUUGCUACAUCGACAGCGACGACGAAUGGGACUACGAGUCGAAGGACGAGUCGAAGGACGAAUCAAAGGAUGAAUCCACCGACGAAUCCACCGACAAAUCAGGCGAGGGUACGGCCAUGUGCGCCAGCUACGGUGUGGUCGGCAUUGAGUCCUCAAACCAAAAGGCGUGUUGCGAUGUGCGAUGCGGAACCUGCGGAGGGGUCGGGUGCUCCAAGUUCGGCGAGGCGUAUGGCCUCGAUGCUUCCUACUGCUGUUCCAACGAAAUCGUUGAUGACGGCGAGUCGUGCUCUGCCACCGGCAUGGCCCCCUGCUUCAUUGAAAGCGGCGGCGCACAGUCUUGCAGCAGGGACAGCCUCAACGACGUGGACCAGCAGCAGCUAAACCUGUACGAAAACGACAUGUACCUCGAAGAUGACUGCGUCAACGAUUCCACCCCGCUUCCCCUCGGCUGCAACUACAUGGGCCUGGGCCAGGAGUGCCGCGGGUGCUUCCUGGCAUUGGCCCACGUCAAGGGCGAGGACGCUGUCAUCAACUUCUGCCCGCAGUCUGAGGUGAGCGACCUGGCGGAAUGCCGCGACUGACGACGCUCUUUCUUCAACGUGAU